AUGGAAGCACUAACGACGGAUAAAGACAUGAGCAUCAAAAAUGAGGAGAGGAACGAAAACGGAACUGACCUGCUAAUCGGGUUGGCAUCUCUAAACGAGCACGAAGGAGAAGUGGCGUAUGAUAAGAAGGAAGACGCAGAGAUAUCGAUGCACAUGAACGAGCAAGACAAAUUAGACGUACCAUCAUUAGUGGAAAUAUGCAAACAACAAUUGAUAGUAAUUCUGAAGGACAUGUGUGCGGAUUCGAACAGUUCGGAUGAGAAAGCGUCUUUUAUGUAUCACCUGAACAGAUUAAGGAGUGCAGUAACCGUUGUAGAUUUGCAUAACUACAUCGCCGUGUUUGGCCCCUGUCUAAGCUACAACAAAUUGCCUUCCACCUGGAACAUAUCCGUUUGCGACUAUUUAAAGCAGCAGUUGAAUAUACUUCGCGCGGCUGACUCGCAACAGAGCUCAAGUAACUACGUUAGUUAUCUAGAACUACAUAACGAUUAUGAAGAUAUUAUUCACGACAAGAAAGGGAAUGCAACCACGACGGCUAGCAACUCCAUGCAAGGGAACAUGAAUUCGAACAAUUUAAAUUCGCAGCUGUCUAUGAAGGGGAGUAGCAUCCAUAUGAAUUCUGCAAACAGUACUAGUAACGUAAGUGGAAAUGCCACCGGGAAUGCUAGCGGACAUAUUAGCAUAAAUGCCGAAGGGGGCAAUCUGGGAUGCUUUACCUUAGGAGACCAUGAAGAUAGCAACAUUGUAGAAGAUUAUUAUGACUGCCUUAUGAGGACCAAUCUGUCGGAUGAUUCCCCAAAUUGUUUAAAAUAUAUGAUGAACUCGAAAAAUGACUCCUUAAGCAAUACAGAAGUGGAAAAUGUAAUUUCGUACUUGAAGAAAUACGAAGUGAAGGCGAAUAAAAAUUACUGCAGUUUGGAGGAGGAAUUGAAAUAUAGCAAGGACUCAGAUUUUGAGUACCAGGAGGACUACCUGAAGGAUAAGACUCUAUACGACUCCGAUUUGGAUGAUAAUAACUUAUUUGAUAGUAACCUUAUAAGCAGCAGUAGGAACAUGAACGACAGCGGUAGCAGCAUGAUGAACAUGAAUUUGAGCAUUCCGAAUAGCGGCUCGGCAAACAACAAUAACAGCAACAAUUUGAGUGGCAAGAAUUAUAAUAUGAAAUAUGAUUCGAUGAAGAAGAAUAACAGCGAUGUUAUGAACACGUGGACUAGGGCUUGUACAGAGGGACAUCCUGAAUACCUGCCUAGAAUUCCUGGGGUUAGAUUCAAUCCGAAGAAGCAACAAUGGCUAGCUGCUUGGAACGAUAACACGAGGGAGAUCAGAAGGUACUUCUCCGUUAAGCAGUACGGUUUUGAACAAGCAAGAAUUUUAGCUGUGAAAGCUAGACAAGAAGCGGAAAAGGCAGGCGCUAGAUGCAAACCCAUGUUCCAUGUGCAUGGAAGGAAGACAGUGGAUAGCGCAGCAAAUGAAGCUAUGAAGAAUAACAACGAUAUGGGGAUGGAGGAUGGCACCAUGGGGAACAACAACAUGGGGGGAAGUGGCGUGGGCGGCAGUAUGGGCAUGAUGAGCGGUAGCGGAAAUAAUGCAUCCCACGCAGGCACGAAUGCAGCGAUGAACAGCGGAGGCAUGUCCACAGGGGGAACACACGAACAUAUGAACAAGAAGGAUCAUUUGAAAAAUGAAAAUAACAAAGGAAUAAAGCGAGGAAGGGGGAGGCCUCCUAAGAGGAAACUGAGCGAAGAUUCGCAACUCUCACUGGACGAUAUGGAGCAGACGCUGUGCAGAAAUGGGGAAAACGCAGAUCUGAUGGAAGCUAUAGACUCUUUUGAUAAGAACUGCACCAGACCGAUGAAGGGCGUAUCCUACAAUGAUCGAAAGGGUUCCUGGCUAGCCUAUUGGUCCAUAGGGAAAAACUUCCAGAUGAGAAGGUUCCCCAUAAAAAAAUUAGGCUUUGAAAAGGCAAAGGAGCUAGCCAUUCAGUGCAGGCUAGAAGCGGAACAAGCAGGAGCGACCACCACAGAAAAUAGAACCAAGCGGAUUAGAAACCUGCUCACCAUGAAUUCGGAAAAUACGAUGGACGUAAUGAUGGACAUGAAUUCGCUAGACCCGGAAGAUAACCUAAACGACACGAAUAAAAAUAUGAAUGGAAAUAUGAUCAUGUCUCAGAUGCACCAUCAUUAUAAUGCCCACGGAAUAAACAACAACAAUAAUAUGCACCCAAAUAAAAUGCCACAUAGCGAUUGCCAAGAGAGCGAAAAUGAUUAUUCGCCUACGAAGAGGACAAGGGCACCUAGAGGAAGAAGAAUGGAAAGCCUAACUGCACGUGCUAGUGCGCUCACCCCAGUAGAAGGGGUUCGAUUCGACCCAUAUUCCUACUCAUGGUUUGCAAAAUAUCUAGAAAAUGAAAAUUCCAAAGAACCCAAAAUAUCCAAGUACCUUCUAAAAAAAUGGGGGUUCAAUAAGGCACACAGUUUGGCUGUCCAUACGGUAAAGUGCGCCUACAAAGCUGUGCCCUUUACAGACGAGGAGCUCAUUAACAUAUUUAAUGUAGACUCGAAGAACCUCAUGAAUAACCAGAACAGCUUGAUGAAUUUGGCAUUUAAGGACACGUAUGGGAAUAAUGCGGGGGCCAAUGGGAAUGCCUACAACGCCAAUAACUACGGUGCGAUGGGCGUCUCGAGCUCGGCGAAUGGCGCGCUUAUGGGCAACAUGGGGUACAUGAAUGGUGCCAUGGGCGGCGCCGUUGGCAUGGACCACGUUGUGGGUGGCAUGCCCAUUGGGGGGGUUAGCGGCGUUAGCGGCGGCAACUUCGCGCAGAGCAUGGGCGCCUACAAAGGAGGCGUGAACGCGCACGGCAUCAUGAACAGCAUGGGCAACAGCGGCGGGGAGAAAAACGCAGACAUGGGCAACAUGAAUGACGAGGAAACGACCAUCGGGAAUGGAAGCAGCAACAACGCGAACAACAUGUUGAGCGGCAUGGACGGCGCGAACGGCAUGCUGAACAGCGUCGAGGGGGCAAACAACAUGAAUGCUGCCAGCAAGAUGGGCAUCAUGAACGGCUGCGCGUACAACUACAGUGGUGGGAGUAGUGCCGUAAACGACAGCGCUGGGGGGGCAGUAGCGGGAGCAGGAGCGGCAACUGUGGGAGCGGCUGGCCAGAACAAUUUCCACCACGGGGGGUUAUUGCCCAACAGCGGAAUCGUCGUCGGUGCCGGCCUAGGCGAGAACAAUGUGAACGGCCCAUCAUCCAUGAAGGGGAACGCAACCAUCGCAAAUGGAGUAAACGUCUACAUGAAUGAACAAAUGGGGUUAGGUGCAAACUACAGUGGGAAAAGUUUCCCCUCGGGGGAGGUGCUAGUUGCUCCGGGCACGUCUUCAGCAAUGAUGGACGAUGAGAAUCCGAAGGUGUUAAACAAAGCACACCUAAUGGAGAGCAGCAACGGUGCAGGAAAUAACGCCGGUGGGAGUGUCCUACAGAAUAGUAGCGUAGACAAUUACCUAGUCGUUAGCGAGUGCGUGCUGAAUAAUAACAACAGGAAGGUGGGCGGGGCGCAUGUUGGCAACAAGACCAUAGGUGGAGCAGCAGCAGCAGCAGCAGCGUUUGGCCAUCACCACAUGGAGGACCCAGCUGUAGUGGGUGUAGUGCGACUGAACGAAAUGCACAUGAAUGCAGAGAAUGACAUUAACGCGAAUCAGUCAAAUACCCAAUACGGCAUUGCAUCUACGGGUUCUAACAUGAACAUGAAUGCAGAACCCGUCAUGAGUAAAGCCAUGGUCAACAGCGCCAGUGGCAGCGUAAAUCUGGGAACGAACAAGGACAGUACUGGCAGCAUCAUGGAGGGGCGUGAUGUAUUAGACAACAGCAGAGGUGCGGAGCAUCCCCUGGAGCAGAGGAAGUUUGUAAAUAUUAUGAACGAGUCAGGCAACAUUGAUAGCGGUGUCAGCGGUGUUAGCGGUGAUAGCGGCGCGAAUAGCAGCUAUGCUAAUAACAACCCGUAUGGCCCCAACGCAGGUGCCAAUUUUAACUCGUACGACGGUGAAAACGCGGGCGCGGCCAACAUGAUUGGCUCCAACGCUAAUGAGCUGAACGAGUCCUCCAUGUACUACAUGAGUGUGAAGCCGGAGAUAAAGACGGAGCAGUGA